AUGGCCACUGCAACGGUGACGGUGAUUGGAGCAGAGACCAUCCAGCUUUCCAAGCUCUUCGACCAAAACCCAGAGAGCGAAUGCGCGAAGUUGGCCACUGCUGAGAAGAUAGAAGCAGAGAAGAUGGAAGCAGAGAAGAUGCCAACCAGAACGUCUCUAGCUCUGAUGAUGUACUUUGCCGCACUAAGCUCCAUCAACUUGGUGAUCACCAUCCCUACAGCGCAUGACUAUGCCGAGCGGUUAGGGGCAGGCGAAUUCUUUGCAGGGCUCAUGAUCGCGCUGGUGCCGCUGUGCUCCAUUGUUGGGUGCCUGACAAACACUGGGCUGCUGAACUUUCUGCCCAUGAAGACUGUUUGGGCCAUCCUUUGUCUGGGCCAAGUGCUUGGCUGCAUACUCUACGCUCUGGCGGGUUUGAUGCGCUUCAAGUAUAUGUUGCUCUGUUCCCGAGGCCUCAUAGGGCUCUGUAGCGCCUACAACAUCCCGGGCCUCUACAUCUCUCUGACUGUGGGAGUGAAGCGCCGCAGUGAGGUGCUCUUCUACUACACCGCCAUGAAUACCUUGGGAUGUGCGAUUGGCCCGGCCUUGGCAGCCCUCCUGGAGGAAUUCAUGAAGUUCACUCGGAUCAACAACCUAGUGCUGGACUCGGACACCAUCCCCGGGUGGUUCAUGGCUGUGGUGUUUCUCCUCUUCUCCGUGAAGCUGCUGAUCUUCUUGGAGGAGCCGCCCAGCCUCCGACAGAGCCCUGGGGUGGCGAAGACUGCGCGGAUUCCGCUGAGCUGGCAGCAGUUGGGGGCGUGCUGCGCUUGCUUUUGGCACCUUUGUGUGUGCUCUUCAGUGAACACUGGGGUGGAGGUGUAUGCAAUUACCGUGCUACAGCAGAGUUUAGGUUGGUCCAUCUCAACCAGUGCUUUGUUCGUGGCUGGGCUCCAACUGACCUGCGGAGUUUGCAACCUUGUGCUGGGGCGGAUGUUGCACCUGGUGCCCUGGAGUGACAGCAAGUGUCUGGUGGUGGCGGACAUCUUGGCCUGCUUUGCCGGUGUGCUCCUCUUGCAUUUUGACGUGCACGCCGUAACGGUGCAGAUCUCGCUGAUGGCUGCGGGUCUGCUGGCGGCGCUGAUUUUGGUGAACAAUGUGCGCGCUUUCGCUCUGAGCAUCGCCACUAAGGUGGUGCCGCCCAGCGCGGCCAGGGCGGUCACCACGGGCGCGGUGGUGUCCAUGUCGUUGGGCCGCGGCCUGGGGGCGAUGGUGGCCGCGGCGCUGGACGUGGAGUCCUUUGGCCCCGUGCUGCUGAGCAUGUUCGUGGCCUUGUCCACGGUGGGGCUCCUGGCGCGAACGUGUCUGAGGACGGAGUUCAAGGUGCUGCAGGCCAAGGUGAUGAUGUUCUCCAACCAGAUAGCAGAGAUUGUUCAUGGUGUUUGCAAUGAGUUUCAUGGAGCCCCCAACAAAAACACCGGCGAGACCUUCUUAGUGAUCUGGAAGGCGGUGGAAGACACAGGAUCAGAUUGCUCAGACCUUUUGGCAAAGUUUGCGGAAGGCUCCAUCGUUUCAUCAGCUGCCGUGAUUGGCGCUGUGCACCGAUCGCCCCUGCUGGGUAGCUAUAGAGAGCACCCGGGCCUGCAGUUCCGACUAGGUGCGGACUGCCGGGUCCACCUCAGCAUUGGCCUCCACAAGGGUUGGGCCAUCGAGGGUGCGGUGGGCAGCGAAUUCAAGAUCGAUUGCUCCUACCUGUCUCCGAAUGUGAGCAUCGCCACGACCAUCGAGCGCUCCAGCGAAGUGUACGGCGUGUCGGUGAUGGUUGCGCAAUCGGUGGUGGAUUUGUGCUCCCCCUCCAUGCGGGCCCAGUGCCGCCUCAUAGACAAGGUGGUCAUCAGAGGCUCGUCGGCCCCCAUGGAGCUGUUCUGCGUAGAUUUAAACUACAUGAGUGUUGAGAUAGACUUCACGGCCCGGCCCAAG